AUGGACGAUGCUAGCGAAUACCUUUUGUUAAUACACGUGAUUUUUCUACCACUGACGCCUUCAUCAGGUUCUUGCAUAUCCAACGGCUUCGCUGACAGUUCAACGCCACCCGAUCCGAAAACAAUUAAGAAAUGUCGAUGGCACACAGCUGGCAUCAUUCGAUUUCAUGUCAAUCCGGAAACAAAUCAAAUCUAUGAAGCACGACCCAGUCUACAUGAACUCGAAAUCACCUUAGAAUGUCUGCUCGACGAAUCCCACAAACAGCAAUUAGCUACACGGACCGAACAAAUCUAUGGAUUGGAAUUUACAUCCGAAAACUUUGUCAUCUGUCCGUUUCAAACAUUUCUUGCACAACUAACAGUACCCAUGGACGGCGUUCCGAAAACGUACUAUGGUGUUUUGGUUGAUAAUAAAGAAUUACAUCCAAUGCGUAUUAUUUUCGAAAUUAAGGAUGUGAACGAAAUCAAUGAAAUUUGUUCGAAACUUGAUCACCCACGUGAACACGAUAUUGUUUUACGCUACGACUACAGUUUAAGUGGAACGUCAACAGCCCGUGCUUCGCUGUCGAUCAGUGCGGAUGAUUUAACUAGGAUCGAUUUCGAAAAACAAGUUUUUCGAAAGAGUGAAGCCGAGAGUAUGCUCGCAAGUCGAUCAGUGAUGGACAAGAUCACGGCUAACAUUAGUAGUCUAUUGAGAGUGGUUGAAGAUAUUGGCGUCGGCGGUUCAUCAUUCGGACAAGAUUUAAUUCAGCAAGAAAUCGCUAGAGCCAUGUCGUCUAGUGGUUUCCAAAAGUUCAGCAUGAAUGAUGUAAUGCAAAUGAAAAAUAACGAUGUGGAAGUUAGCGAUGAUCUUAAAGCGAAUAUAAUCAAUUCAACAUCAUCAAGCGAUUCAGAUAGUUCAUCGGCAAGUCAACAUACUAUUGAUCAAUCGUCAUCAGCCAAUUCAUCGGAUAUGUUACACGAGAAGAGCAAUUCGAAUCGUAAUUCUGGUGGUCAAUCAACUAGCUCAUCGAGUAGUUUUGGAUUGAAUGCAACCAUUUGUGGGUUUGGUGGUGGAUUCAACACGAGUAAAUCGAACUCACAAUCCACUAAUUUCGACAGUUCCAAUAGUUCUGCCAAUAAAGAUCAUGAAAUACUAUCUACCGAGCAAUCCAAUUUGAAUGACAACUCCAGCAGCAAUUCACGUUCGACUUCGAAUACUAGAAGUGUAGAAGGUCAAAUCACACAAGUGAAAAACAUCGAUGCGGCAAUUAUUCGUCGAUCCGAGAUAUCGAAAGGUUUUACCAUAUCAUUACAACGAUAUCAUCAUCAAUUGGCGACAACAAGUAUCAAAGGUCGAUUGACAACAAAGGCCGACACGGAAAUGCUCGAAGAAAUUCGAGCACGCGAACAGGCUGAACAAGAAAAACAAAUGCGGAAAGAGCAAGAAGAAAGGAACGAGCAAUUCUUCAAGGAUUAG